UUCAGUAGUAUCCCCGCCGCCGCGCCGCGCGGACGUACGGCGCUCCGUCGCGAAACACGUACAAAGUUUGUGUGAUGUAACAAAGUGACUUGUUAUCUAGUGUUGACUUUACAGCCAGCAUUGUCUCGCAUGUUUACGUUUGCACAUGAUUGUUCCACGUCCAGCCAAACCCGCGAUAGUGUCCACAAACAUUAAUCUACAAACGAUUUAAAACAAAAACAAUCUAAACAAAAGUGUAAUUUAAAUUAAAAACAAAGUGAAGUGACAAUCCCGAAAAAUAGUGUUUAUAACCAAAAAAAAAAGUGAUGCGUAAAAACAAAUGCAAGAAAUUUAAAUUCAAAUGAUUCGAUAAUUGAGAAUGGCCCUCAGGCAUGACGUCACGAACAUGGACAAUACAUUCCUCCCCGCGGAUCCCCCCCCAAUCUCCGAAAUCAUAUACGAACCACGGACAGACCUAGCCACAGAGUACUUUAACACAUUCAACCAGAUAUGUGAGAACUAUCGGAGUGAUUCGGACGUUAAUCUUCGGCAAACUUCGGACAGCCUUCGGUUGUCUUCGGAGAUUCUUGACGGUGUGCGAUCAGAGUAUGUUAGUACAGACUUUACUGGUAAAGACUAUGAAACGAAUGCUCAGAAAGUGUUUUUGAGUGCUAAGGAUGAGCAGAUCUUCCAGUUUGGGCAGCCUGAUGCCUCGGCUCUGUUGAGGCAUCGAGCGAGGAGAAGAUACAAUGAGGAGCACGGUCUACAGCCACCGGCGACUACUAGUCAGGAGAGUGGGUACGGCAGCGAUGAGUUCGGGCACGACUCGCCGAGCCGGUACGCGUCCCCCAAGGGGGCGGGCGCCGGGGCUCCGUACCAGGAGUACUACGCGGGCGGUGAGUGGGGCGCGCCCUACUACCAGCCGCCGCCGGCCUACCAGCACGACCCCUAUGCUACGUCGCCAGGUAUAGCGGGUGCUCCUGUGGGCGAGGCGGGCGGCGGCGGGGCGGAGCUCCCCCUGCCCCCGAUGUCCUCAUUCAGGGCGGCCGCGCCCCACCACUCGCCUACAGACCCCAUGCUGGUUGCCAAGCCGCCUUUACAGCCUAUGUACGGCGGCGCGAGCACGACCCCGGCGGUGGGCGCGGUGGGCGGCGCGGAGGCAGCGGGCAGCCUGUCGUCGUACGGCUCGUCCCCCUCCACCCCCGUGCACUCCCCCCCGCCGCUACACGCACGGCUCUACCCCCCGCUCAAACAUACCGCGCACCAUCAUCAUCACCACAAUGGGCAGCAAUCAAACUGGGUAUCAUCAGGGGUGUCGUCCCCUCCGUCGGCGUCGACCCCCCACGCGCUGGCGGCGCCCGUCCUACCCAACGGCCACCACGCGCCGAUGCCCGUGUUCCAGCCCACUGGAAUGGGCGCGCCGGCGGAGCAGCGACAGCUGGACGAGGCGAUGGUGUUCCUUCGAGAGCAUACCGACUGUGGCGCUCGCAUGGAGGAGCGGCUGGACGACGCCAUCAACGUGCUGCGCAACCACGCCGAGGCGCCCGACCUCUACCCGCAGGACCUGCAUCAUCAGCCGCCAGCGGCAGUGUCCCGGCUGGGAGUGGGGGGCGCGCUGCUGCAAUCGGAGCCGCCCGUCAAGAUGGAGCGCCACGUACUUCCCAAUACUAAGAAACGCAAAGAGCCACCGGACUCGGGCGUGGAAUCGAAGCCGUCAUCGUCAGGGUCAGCGGACGCGCUCGCGAACAAACCGCCGAACAGCAAACGUUCGAGGCGAUACUCGACCAACCCUGCAAUGCCCAGCUGUUCGUCUGCUGAUGAAGAUGAUAUGGACCCCGACACGAAGGCGGCGCGAGAGAGAGAGAGGCGACAGGCUAACAAUGUUAGAGAGAGGAUAAGGAUACGAGAUAUAAACGAAGCGCUUAAAGAGCUGGGCAGAAUGUGUAUGACUCACCUAAAGAGUGACAAGCCACAGACAAAGCUCGGGAUACUCAAUAUGGCGGUCGAGGUCAUUAUGACGCUUGAGCAACAAGUCAGAGAACGCAACCUGAACCCGAAGGCGGCGUGUUUGAAGCGACGCGAGGAAGAGAAGGCGGAGGAAGCGCCCAAGUUGCUGCCCGCGCCCCUACAGCACUACCAACCCAUGCCGGGCAUGGGUCAAUUGCCAGGCCAACCCCCCACAGGAGGCCCCCCUCCGCAAUAGCGACGCGCUGCACGCUAACUACGCACUGCGACAGCACCGAACCCGGGACUCUGCCGGCACCGGCCCGUGGAACACGCGAUAAAACUCACAUAGAGUGAGUUUGGAUGAGUUGCGAUUGAGUAACAUGUGAGUUGGUAUGAGUAACAUUUUGAGGUUAAUAAAAAUAAUAAUUUGGUACUAUUUUUUGUAUUUUAUUUACUGUGACUUUUAAUAGAAAAGAAAUACUGUAUUACUGAUUUUUUGGCAAUUUUUAAUAUACAGUUUGAUGUUUUUAAACUUUCUUUAAAUAAGUUAUCGCCAAAUGAUAUGAUUAUGAUGAUUUAAUAAUUCAAUUAUUGUAUAAAAAGAUAAAAAUCUUGCAUGAACUAGCAUGGAAAUCAAAAUUAAUAGAUAACUUAAAACAUCAACUGUAUGAUAAACUAAAUAAAAUGUAAAAUGUCUCAUUAAGUUUCUUUUAGUUUAAUUGACAUAUAAUUUGACAUACUAUGUCAAAAAAGAUUAUGACAGUUAAACUAAAAGACAUUUUCUAAAUGUUAAUUACUCAGUGUUACUCAAUCGUUAACAAAGAAUGUUAAAAUAGGAAUGUUUGUUAACAAACGCGUGUAAACCAAAUUUUAUUGCAUUUUAUUCAUAAUAAUUAUUAUUUCUUCGACCCUGUUGAUCAGGGAUGGGCCACUGUCUUACCAAUGGGACGCCAUAGUCUUUUUUAAGGUUUUAAUUAUAAAUAAAUAAGUACACACUUUUAAUUUUCAUAUUUUUUAAUGGAAAAUUCAACGUUUUUCGUAACCCAGUGACUGUGGUUUGGUGUUAAAAAUACCGAUAUUUUUAUUCUGUUUAAAAGCUCUCUCAUACGUUUUUUAUGAUUUAUAUUUGUAAAUGAAUCUUUUGUCUUUAUCGGGUGACUUUUGGUCCAUUUACAAAUAUAAUUUUUAACGUCAUUAUGUCUCAGCAAUUAUAACCAGUUUUAUUUUUCUAUUGCAGUCAUAAUUUUCGAUUUUAACAUACAACUUAAAACCACCGACAGUUACACAAUUAAAAUUCUUGUUACCUACCCAUUUUAUACUCUGACAACAUCGGAGUCCGCCUUAACAAUGGGUAACACUGUCGUGUGACGUCACUACUUGGUACUUUUAACACCAAACUACUAAAUUACACGACAAAUGAGUUCCAAAGAUAUUUUAACUGAGAAAUAUUUUAACAAACGGUUAACAGCAGUGCGUAGUGAAAAUUUCCGGACUCUGUAGUUUCAUAAGUGUGUAUAUUAUUAGAUAUAGAGAAUAGUUUUAUAUAAAAAACUUAAACAUCAGACGAAAAAUACUAUGUCUUAUAUCCAAAGACAUAAUCUGUGUAAAAUAUUAACUUAGCAUAUAUAGUUAUAUGAUAGUUAUAAUUGAAAUAAGGAAAAACAUAUUUUUAAAUUACAUUUUUGAUUUUUAAUCGUAAAUCUUUUGCUGCCAUAGACCACUACCGCUUUAUAUUGAGUUUUGAAAAGCUAGACAAUAAAUGUUUGUUCGUUUGUCCAUCCUCAUCUCUUAAACUAGUGGUGCGUUUAUAAAAAAUAAAAUAAUUCGUAAAAUUGUAGACUUUUAACAAAAAAUUAGUAUGAGAUCCGUUUUAAACAAAAACUUAUGAAAUUUUAGUACUUAUUGUGAUAAUUAUAGUAAUUGUGUUUCUUACUAUUUGAAAUCGUUUUUGGUUACUAAAAGUUUACAGUUUUACGAAUAUUGUAAAGUAUUAUAAAGAUGUAUGGCUGCUAACUUAUGAAAACGUACUUAAUCAAUAUCCGUUGUACUAAAACUCCAGUGAACUCAUUGACAGUUAAACUUAUGUGUAUGUUGACACGCCACACCAUGAGAUCUACGUAGUAUAGUACGUACAUUUUUUUAUUUUAAAUAUUAUUAAAUAAUUUCUUUCUCCUUCUAUUAAUUUCUUUUUUAGAAUAUGUUGUCGGUAGCUAUUUCGCUUGGAGAUUGGAAUGUACUUAUACAGGAUUUUUUUGUAUAAGUUUUAUAUAUUAUAUUUGUUAUUUGCUAUAUAUUUUUUUUUGUUUAUAUAAAACUUUAUAUUUGGUAUUUCUUUCUUUAGCUCUCUUACGGAAGAAAUAGCAAAUGAUAUCGUUUAUUUUUCUCUUUUUUUCGUUUUGGAAAAUUGAUUAUUCAGGUUUACGUAAUGAAAUCAGAUUCUUUAUUUAAUCGAAAAUAAAGAUUAAUCUAAUUUUGACAUAAUAAUUUUACAUCAAGUUUGUAAAUUAAAAAAUCGAAAUAUCAAUAUUCCAUUUUGUAUAUAUUAUUAUUACAAAAAUAAAAGUAUAUUUUACACGAAGUCCGCUCAAUGACUUAAUAAUUCGAUACUGACGUAACUUUGAACUAAAUUAUUAUUUUAUUAUUAUUUGUUAUUAUUUCAUGACAUUAUUAUUCAAUUAUUUUUCGAAACAACUAUUAUACGUACUGUCAUAGUUACUUAUGUAAUGAGCAUAGUAUAAUAUUUUUAGUUGUUUCGACUGUGUUGGGCUUAGUCGAAUUUUUUAGUCAGUUAACUAAAUGACAUUGACUAAUUAAAUUAGUAUAAAAGAGAGAGAUUUUAACCCAGUUCUUUUAAAAAUGUGUUUUUUUUUUGCGCAACUGCUGCGCAAAUUUUGCUCAUAAAUUUGCGCAGUCACUCAGUGUAAUUCACUUUAAAAUUCGACGUUAAAAGUAAUUCAAGUACAUUGUAAUUGAAUAAUUAUUAAAAUUCGGGAUUCUAAUGAUAUUUCAAUUGCAAUGUGCCUGCUUACGCCCGAUUCAAAUCUAUCCAUUUUUUAGUUAUUAGUCCUAACUACAUAGUACUCUGUAUUAUAUAGGUUUAAGGUUGAUUUUCCCUUGAAUCAUGAAUCGUGUAUAUUUUGUGGAAAGAUGUCAAAUUUAAUUGUAAUUUUCUUGAAAGUAAAUUGUGCUUUAGAGUUUGAAAUAUCUCAGUAUUUUUGAUUUGACUCUUUAUAAGAUUAUUAUAAUUAAAUUUGAUUUCUUUUCGAUAAAACCAACACAAUUGAUUAUGUUUAUAUUAAUUUGAAUUAAUCAUAAACUAAUUAGUUUCUGAAAGAGUGAAUAAUAUAAAAUGAACGAGUAUGAAACAUAUUCUUACUCAGAGUUAUUUAAUGGUUACUUAACCCAAUCCUUAGCAAUUGUUUUCGAUAAAAAAUCGUUACUAAGGAAUAGUUUAAGUAACAAUUAAAUUUCUCUGAGUAUGAUAGUUUUCGUUAGUGCUAAGUUUCAGUGUCUAAAAAUAUUUUGAAAAAAUAUGUUCAGUUUUUCAGAAACUAAUUAGACAAUCAGUGAAAUAUCUCAUGCUGGCCAUAAUGAAUUAUAUGUACUUUAUAAAUCCGCCAUUUUUUAUUUUACAAUGCUAAAAGUAAUUGCUCAUUUCUUUGGUUGCGUUCGACAAUGGACUAUAAAUAUAUAAAAUACCGAAUUAUUUCUCUGUCUCUCUCUAAUUAUAUAUAUAAUAUGAAGUAUUUUCGUUUGUUCUGUAUAAAAAACUGAUUUUUUUAAUCAUGUAAAUGGUUUUUUGACAAAUGUGUGAUCAAAUUGAAGAUAUGUAUUAUGAAAUUGAUUUCGGUUUGAGAAUUAUUCGGGCUAAUAAUUAUAGAGUAUAUUCUUUGAUCAAUGAUUAUAUAUUUGUCAAUGAACUAUGUAUAAUUUGACUUAAUUACUCAAACUCGGACGAUCUUGCAACAUUUGGAAAAUAUAUUGUUUAGUACUACGUUAGUUGUAAGUCUGUCGACCUUUAGUUUAGUUUAGUUGAUUCCUCUUCCAUUUAGCUAUAAUUACGUUUUUUAUUAUUAUUAAUUAUCUAUAAUUUGUUGUCUAUGCGUACUGUAUAAGUCUAUUUUAAGAUUUUUUGAUAUGUACGCAUUCGCCCGUAAUUUAUUCGCAACUGGUCGUCUUAUGAAUGGUUCAAAUUAUCAGACAAUGCCAUAAUCCUGGAGAUUGUGCACGAAAUGAGGCUUUUUUGUUAUUUUAUUUUUGUUUUUGUCAAUGGCAACCCCAGCAGCCUGUGUAACAUAGAGCAUUUGUUUCCUUUUCCUGUUCAAAUGCAUAGAUUAAAAUAUAACUACAAGAAAGGUCUAAUUAUAAAAAUGAAUAAUAUUAAUUAAAUAUAAAUGUGCCAUUCAUUUUGCUAA